AUGCCCAUCUCAAGCAUGGCUCGUGAUGUUCCUUGUGACAUCAGCAACAACAGCUUCUACGGCCCAAUCAACAGCAACUUCCGCAGCAUGAUUCCCAACGAUCGCGACCUCACCAACCCCUCUGGUGGUCGCUGUGCACCCCAGGGGCCGAAAGGAGGUUAUGUUGUGGUGACACGCGCAACGGCCAACAAGAGGGGCGAGGCGAGCCUUCGGCAGAACUGUUUCACGCUGAACCAGGAGAUGGAGUGCACGGCGAACGAGACGCAGCGCAGCAGCGACGAGUGCCUGGCAUUCUGCAGCAUGUCACGAGAGCUGGGGCCGUGCGACGGGCACGGAGCGUGUGUGCCGCCGCAGGCGGGGGCAGCAGAGGCGCGCUUCACGUUUGAGUGCGACGACGGCUUCGUCCCCACCAACGGCAUCCUCGGCUCCACCUGCGCCCGCCCUGCUCCGCCCCCUGCUGCAGCGCUCUCCACGGGUGCAGUUGUGGGCAUCGCUGUGGGAUCUGCUGCUGCCUUGGCUCUGCUCCUCGCAUUCAUUGUCGCACUGCUCUGGCCCCGCCAACGAAGUGAGCCACCACCCCAUUUCCACCCCGCUUCCUCCUAA